AUGGCUACUUCAAAAGCCCUUAUUGCUACUCUUCUUAUAUCUCUUCUUGUUCUUCAACUCGUCCAGGCCGAUGUGGAAACCUCAAACAAAAAAGGUGGCUACGGCAAGAAAAUUGAUUGUGGCGGUGCGUGUGUAGCACGGUGCAGUCUUUCGAAGAGGCCGAGGCUGUGUCACCGAGCGUGCGGGACUUGCUGCGCCAGGUGCAACUGUGUGCCACCUGGCACGUACGGUAACUACGACAAGUGCGAGUGCUACGCCAGUCUCACCACCCACGGUGGUCGCCGCAAGUGCCCUUAA